AUGCCUGGUAAGCCAGUUGGUACGCACGAGUCUUAUUUGCAACUUUGGCGAGAGUUUGUUGGUCGUAAUACGGGAUUUAAUAAGGCCGCUCAAAGACGCGUUGUUUUUAUCACUCCGGCUGCUAUGAACAUUGCGACUGUCGUUCCAGCCCCAGAAACUCCGAAUGAUGAUUCAGUGAGCGAGCAGGAUGCGCAUUCUUACGAAGGACGUGCGAAAGAUUUUCUAGGCUUGGAAGAAGUCUCUAAAAUCGAAUUCCUGGUCCCGUUGUUCAGCGAAACUUUGGGAACAUUUUUAUUGGUCCUUAUUGGGUGCGCAUCCUGCCUCACAUGGGAUGAAUCCCAUCCGCCGACUGUGAUCCACAUCGCGUUUACUUUUGGUCUCGCUGUUGCUGCGCUAGCUCAGGUACUUGGACCAGUAUCUGGGUGUCACGUUAACCCUGCGGUGACGGCAGGUCUUGUCGUCAGUGGAAACUGUUCAUUAUUAAGAGCAAUUUGCUACAUUGUUUGUCAAUGUUGUGGUGCAAUAGCUGGAGCAGCUGUUCUGAAAGUCGUAAUACCUGGACCCACGACAUCUCGUGGAAUAGGAGCGACGACCCUGAGUGAUGGAGUGGACAGUGGUCAGGGUAUUCUGAUGGAAGCGAUAGUAACGUUUCUCCUGGUGCUGGUGGUCCAUGCAACGACUGACUCGAAGCGUCGGGACACGACCGGCUGGGCUCCGCUGGCGAUCGGAUUGACAAUAACGGUGGCCCAUCUGGCAGCUGUUCCACUCACUGGAAGCAGCAUGAACCCCGCGAGGUCUUUCGGCCCAGCGGUGAUCCUCGGCUCCUGGACUGACCAGUGGAUUUACUGGGUUGGACCCGUCGUUGGCGGGAUUGUCGCUGGUGGACUCUACAAGUUGGGACUCAGGGCCAAGAAUAAAGAUGACGAUGAAGCUUCUUAUGACUUUUGA